UAGUUUUUGAACAUGAGCAACUUACGUCUGCAAAAAAGACUUGCCGCAUCGAUCAAGAAAUGCGGUAAGCGCAAAAUAUGGAUGGAUCCAAACGAAUCGAUGGAUAUAGCCAACGCGAAUUCCAGACAAUCGAUUCGCCGUCUGCUAAAGGACGGUAUUAUUCUAAAGAAGCCGACGAGCAUGCAUUCGAAGUACAGGACCCGCAGUUAUCAGGACGCCAGACUGAAGGGCCGCCACACCGGUUUGGGUAGGCGAAAGGGUACCGAAAACGCACGUAACAAAAACAAAAAUCUUUGGAAGCAUCGCAUCAGAGUUUUGCGCCGCCUGCUCAAGAAAUACAGGGACCUGAAGAAAAUCGACAAACAUUUGUACCAUAAGCUGUAUUUAAAAGUCAAGGGUAAUUGUUUCAAGAACCGACGCGUUUUGAUGGAGUACAUCAUCAAGAGGAAGGCGGAGAUUGCCAGAGCGAGAAUGUUGCAGGACGAGGCGGAUGCUCAUAGGGCCCGGUACCGCGCAGCUAAGAAGCGUAGACUGGAGAGAAUCGCUGCGAAGAAAGCUGAACUUCUUCAGUCUGGAAUUUAAUUGCCAAUUUAAUUUCAUAAUUUUGUGAACAGCGGUGUGCUGGUUAAAACUAAUUUGUAUUAUUCUGCAUUUUUUGUAACACGAAUGAAAAUUUGUACUAAUUUAAUAAAAUUACUUGUGUUGUAA